AUGGAGAUUACGAAGGUGAAAGGUCAUGUUAAUCUGAAGCCUGGUGAUGAGAAGGCCUUCCUCAAUGCAGUUGCAGAAGUUGGACCAAUUGCCGUCGCCUUUGAUGUCGAAGAAGACUUCAUGAGUUAUGGAGGAGGCAUUUUCAACAGUGAAAUCUGUGACUCAUAUAUGAUCAACCAUGCAAUAUUGAUAACUGGCUACAAAACUGAGAAAAAAUCUCUUCAAAAGUAUUGGAUCGUCAAGAACAGUUGGGGGGAAGAUUGGGGGGAGGAAGGAUACAUCCGUGUCGCUCGUGAGGAUCCCCCAAACCUUUGUGGAAUCCUAGCUAUAGGUGUUUACCCUAUUCUUUAA